CGGAGCUUUUCCAGUGUGGAUGACUUUACGUCGCUCCCUAUCCUCGGAGCUUAAAUAAACCUUUGGGGGAGGGAUCCCUGAGAGCUGUCGCACAACUACGGCAGAGACUACUUCCCGACUUGAGCUGUCUGAGGCAGGAGGGCUGCGGAGGGUCUUUACUACCCAAAUACUCCAAAGAAGAAGAAGAAGGAGCAGGAGAAGAAGAAGAAGAAGAAGCAGCAGCUUUUUUGAAAGGAUUAGAUAUGACGGAUGCUAAUGGCGGGGCUACACGGCGGGACUGCCCGUGAAUAAGAUGAGGAUUCCUCCGGUGUGGGCGCUGGGCGCUUGCCAGACUGGGUGAAGUGAGAACCAAGAGGGAAACCCGCUGAGGAUAUAAAACCACCUUGGACCGCUGAGGAGGACCUCCGUGCAGGUUCACACGGCCGUCGGCAGCGUGGAGCUUUCUGACCCAUGGAGAAUUAUUUCCAGGCAGAGGCCUUCAACCUGGACAAGGUGCUGGACGAGUUUGAGCAGAACGAAGAUGAGACCGACACUCCCAUCCUCUCCGAUGCCAAGUGGACCCAGAUCCUGGCCCCGCCGGCCCACAUGCUCUCGCUGAACCCCGCCCUGGCCCACGCCGACCUCAGCCCGCGGGAGAGCCCCCUGCCCUUCAAAACCCUCCCCGACUCGUCCUCCAGUGCCUCUCCGGGGGGCGACCCCAAAAGACAUCCCGGCGCAGAGCCUCCGUCCUGGGCGGAGGAGAGGCCGGCGGACGUCCACAGCCCCCCCCUCCCACAGCCCAACAUCGGCAAACUGGUGGGCACGGACGACCUCUCGCCGCCGCCGCCCCCUGUGACGGCCUGUGGUGCCGUGGAGAACGGCUGCACGGGCAGCCCGCGACCGGACGGGAUUAGCAGAGGGACAAACUCUGCAGACGUCCAGGCUGGUGCUUCUGAUCAAGAGGCGAAACGUGAGGUGGGAGAAGGCGGCGGAGGAGGAGGAGGAGGGUCCACAAUCAGUCACACUCACUUUACCUUUGAGGUGGCGCAAACUCCAUCUGAGGAACUAGCGUCGCAAAACGGGGAAGGUGUCAAAGGUGAGGGAAAUGCAGCUCCUUCACGAGACUGUGGUUCAGAAACUGCAGACUCCAAAGAGGAGCAGGGUCUCCUGAAUGGGGGGAGGACUGUUCGGCCUGGAUGCGAGUCGGAGGAGAAUGGUGUGUCUCCUCCUGACGGGGUUGGGGUGGAGGAGAAGGAACGGAGAUGUGGUCCAGAUGGACAAAUAGACCAGAGACUAACAAGCCUUCCCAAUGGUUUAGAGCAAGAAGAGCGUGGGAGCAGCUCCACGUCUAAAGAGGCGGAGGAGACGGAGGGGGAGGAAGACGGCCUUUCUCCGUCUCCUGUCCCCUCCAAAGAGGACUCUGUGACCGAGGAGAAAGAAAUGGAGGAGAGCAAACAGGAGAACGGAGGCGAUGGAGGAGCCGCGGGGUCAGGUAGCAUCCAACCAAAACUCAACAACAACACCAACAGGCUGCAGCCGGUGAGCGUUCCCUACGGGGGGGCGCGACCGAAGCAGCCGGUGGCGCUCAAACUCCAGAUCCCGCAGCCCCUGUCGGGUCAGGUCCAGAACCAGCUCGGCCCGGGCGCCGCCGGCAAGAACAAGAACCUGGAGAGCCAGUGCCGGCGGGGCGCGCCCUCCGAAACGUCGCCGAGCGGCGGGACCGAUCAGAGCGCCGGCGUGAACGGAGACGCCGCCGUCCACUCCCCUUCCCUGGUGUCCUCGGAGAGCCCGGACAACGACCUCCAGGCCGGACAGCAGGGCGCUCUGUGCAGGAAGGCCGCCAGCUCCCUGGGAGAGGUCGCCCCUGUGUGGGUGCCCGACUCCCAGGCUCCCGUCUGCAUGAAAUGCGACGUCAAGUUCACCUUCACCAAGAGGAGGCACCACUGCAGGGCCUGCGGCAAGGUGUUUUGUGCGACGUGCUGCAGCCUGAAGUGUAAACUCACGUACAUGGACAGGAAGGAGGCGCGUGUUUGUAUCACCUGUCAUUCUGCCCUGACGAGUGCUCAAUCAUGGGAGACGCCGGCCACUUCAAGCAACCAGAGCCCAAACCCCAACAACCCGGCAGAGUACUGCUCCACCAUCCCCCCCCUGCAGCAGGCCCAGGCCUCUGGGGUGCUCAGCUCCCCCCCUCCCACCGUCAUGGUGCCUGUGGGAGUCCUGAAGCAGCCUGGCAACGAGGGGUCCCUCUCGCGGGAGCAGAGGAGGGUGUGGUUCGUUGACGGCGUCCUACCGAACGGAGACGCAGCGGAGUCCCCCAAACCUCCGUCCUCCAGCCCAGCACCCUCUCAUUCACUGGCCAUCUCCACGUAUUCAAACAAAUCUUCCACUCCUGAGUCUUCAGAGGCCGCCCAGACCCCCGUGGCCCCGGUGGGCAGUCCCGUGGGCAGCUCUCUCAGCCUGAUCCCGGAGGACGGGCUCCCUCCCAUCCUCAUCUCCACCGGAGUCAAAGGAGAUUAUGCGGUGGAGGAGAGGCCGUCGGAGAUCGUCCUCAUGCAGCAGCUGGAGGAGGGAGGCCCGGAUCCCCUGGUCUUUGUGCUCAACGCUAACCUGCUCGCAAUGGUCAAGCUCGUCAACUACGUGAACAGGAAGUGCUGGUACGUGACGACGAAGGGCAUGCACGCCGUGGGCCAGGCGGAGGUCGUCGUACUGCUCCAGUGCUUACCCGACGAAAAGACCAUCCCCAAAGACGUCUUCACCCACUUCGUGCAGCUCUACCAGGAGGCCCUCAGUGGCAACGUGCUGAGCCACCUGAGCCACUCGUUCUUCACGCAGAGCUUCCUGGGCAGCAAGGAGCACGGCGGCUUCCUCUACAUCAGCCCCUCCUUCCAGUCGCUGCAGGACCUGCUGCUGCCCAACCCGCCCUACCUCUUCGGCAUCCUCAUCCAGAAGUGGGAGACGCCCUGGGCCAAGGUCUUCCCCAUCCGCCUCAUGCUGCGGCUGGGAGCGGAGUACCGAUUUUAUCCGUGUCCACUGUUCAGCGUUCGCUUCAGGAAGCCUCUCUUCGGAGAGACCGGUCACACCAUCAUGAAUCUUCUGGCAGACUUCCGUAACUACCAGUACACGCUGCCGGUGGUUAAAGGUCUGGUCGUGGACAUGGAGGUGAGGAAGACGAGCAUCAAGAUCCCCAGCAACCGCUACAACGAGAUUUGCCCGCACCGAAGACGCUCGUCAAGUCAUCACAUUUGUCUUCACUUAACUGAACAAAGCACGCACGUGCUGGCCAUGGGGGCGUGUUUCAACGACCGGGCCGACUCCCACUUGGUGUGCGUCCAGAACGAUGACGGGAACUACCAGACGCAGGCCAUCAGCAUCCAUCACCAGCCACGCAAAGUUACCGGGGCCUGCUUCUUUGUGUUCAGUGGUGCUUUGAAAGCAUCAUCAGGCUUCUUGGCUAAAACCAGCAUCGUGGAAGACGGCGUGAUGAUCCAGAUCACGGCCGAGACCAUGGACUCGCUACGGCAAGCCCUGAGGGACAUGAAGGACUUCACCAUCACGUGUGGCAAAGCCGACCAGGAGGAGAACCAGGAGCUCGUCCACGUCCAGUGGACGGAGGACGACCACAACUUCAACAAGGGUGUCAUCAGCCCAAUAGAUGGGAAGUCGAUGGAGUCCAUCACCAGCGUCAAAAUCUUCCACGGCUCAGAGUUCAAAGCCAACGGCAAAGUCAUCCGCUGGACCGAGGUUUUCUUCCUCCAGAGUGAAGACCAGCCCAACGGCCUGAGCGACCCGGCCGACCACAGCCGGCUGACGGAGAACGUGGCGAGAGCUUUCUGCGUGGCCCUGUGUCCACACCUGAAGCUGCUGAAGGAGGACGGCAUGGCCAAGCUGGGACUGAGGGUCACUCUGGACUCGGACCAGGUGGGCUACCUGGCAGGAAGUAACGGCCAGCCCCUCCUGCCCCAGUACCUGAGCGACCUGGACAGCGCCCUGAUCCCCGUCAUCCACAGCGGCGCCUGCCAGCUGAGCGAGGGCCCCGUCGUCAUGGAGCUGGUCUUCUACAUCCUGGAGAUCAUCUCCUAGGAGCCAACGAGGAGGAGACGCCGACCUGCAAACGCUUUCGCCUGCACCGUUUUGUUUUUUUUAAAAAUUUUCCAGCUGGGACGUCAUGUCGCCCGCCCGGUCCUUCCCCGUCAUCCCGUCCGCCUCCAGCCGUUUGCACUUCAGAAGAGCCAGAAAACUGUGCCGAGCCAGGCGGGGUAGCAUUCCUCACGUCAAACCUAUGCAUCAGAGGAAGCUCCGAGCAGAUCCGAGCGUCCGUCCUCGUACCUACACUUGGGAUGUUAGCGAGAGGAAGUCAAGUUGUGAAGAAGCGGAGAAGAUAUUAAACGGCUCUGGGUUCUCGGGUCGGUAUCGAUCAGGUCAAGUGUGGGUAUCCGGACAGACCUGCUGGUCGUGGCGUCUUGUAGCUCCUCAUCUUCCGAAUCAUUCGAAACUCCCGACGUCACUGUGGCAGCCGGAGGUCCACCCUAACCCUAACGCACUGAACUCUGGGUUAAAAAAAAAAACCUGCCUCUGUGUAGCACGGAUGCUGUCACAAAGGAGACUCACAUCCACUGCGGAGAAGGAGAAGAAGAAGAAGAAGAAGAGGUCUGGACGAGGAGGAAGAGGAAGGAGGAAGUAUCUCCGAUUUAGUUUAUCAGUGCCUGCAGCAGCGAUUCAUCGACGGAGGAGGGAAAA